GUAGUGGUGGCGCUGAUGUCACUUGAGGGGAUUUUUUUUGCACCCGCAAAUUCAAAACAAAAACAAAAAUCGCACGUGCGUUUUCAAUUUUUCCAAGAAAAAAAUGAAAAAUCUCCCAAAUAUCCUCCUAUCAGGAACUCCCGGUGUGGGGAAAUCACGCCUAGCGAAGGAAGUGAGUGAGAAGCUGGAUUUAAAGUGGCUAGAUGUGUCGGCAAUAGCGAAAAAGAAUAAUUUCCUCUCUGGUGAGGACAAAGUUCUGGAAUGCCCAAUUCUGGAUGAAGAUGCUCUCCUGGAUCAUUUGGAGCCAAUAAUGGAGAAAGAAGGAAACAUUCUGGAGUACCAUGCCUGCGAAAUGUUCCCCGAAAGAUGGUUUCACCUGGUUUUCGUUGUCCGCUGCUGCAAUACAAUCCUGUACGACAGGCUAGCUAAGCGGAAGUACAACGAGAAGAAACUCCAGUCGAAUAUUGAGUGUGAAAUCUUCCAGACAAUCCUCGAGGAAGCACAGGAUUCAUACCAAGAGGAGAUUAUCCAUGAACUCACGAAUGAAACGGAAGAACAAUUCCAGGAAAAUGUUUCCAAAAUUGUUGAGCUCAUACAAUCCUGGCAGAGUGAUCAAGAGAAGGAGAAUAAAUAGAUUUCCGGAAGCAAA